AUGGCUAUCAUCCCUAUAUUUCUGAGAGGUCUCAGGCCGGAGUUGAGGAGUCGACUACAAGUGGUGGAGUUCACGAGUCUGUUUCAUCUGAUGGAGCGUACGGUUAAUGUGGAGGAAGGAAUCAUUGAUGAGCAAGUGGAUUUGAUGCAUGUGGAGCCGGCUAAGUUGGAGGGUGGAAUCAAUGUGGCCCCUCCAGUUUCCCGACUAGUUAGCCAAGGAAGGUCUAACAACCGAGGGAGGCAGAACAACCGAGGCAAGGGACGAAAUAUUAUGGUUAGCCAGGGAGCAUCAUCAGGAAGUUUUGUGAAGGUUUGCUAUUAG